GAUACUGCCAGAGAAGCCAUUUUUAAUGCUUGGAAAGCGGAUUUUGCCAAACUCAAACAGCUUGCCAAUAGAAACAGACCAUCUCCCAAGGAGGUUAAAGCUUGGCACGUGUAUGGAAAAGUGCGAUACUUUGUGAGAAGGCUAGACUUUCCACCACAGCUGGCAAACGUCCGUCCGUUCACAGACAUUCUUGGGAUCGUUAUUAGCGGCAUGGGACUCCACGAUGCAAUUAAAAACCAAAACAAAAUGGGUAUUGUCAACAAUAUACUCGGAAUUGUUGGUUGCACCGUUGCCUUGGGUUUGUUUGCUGCCCAGACUGUUGCAAAACAUGUAGCGAGUAAAGUACUGGCUAAGCUAGUGGGAUUCAUACCGGUUGUUGGUCCCAUUCUUGCAAUUGCCUUUUUCCUUGCACCAAUUAUCGUCCAGAUUCUUUGGCCGAGAAGCUUAGCUAUAGAAACGGCGAACAAGUUGACGGAAGUGGCGAGCCAUGAAUUGCAAGGCUACAGAGACCAACUCGCAAGGGCGCAAGGGUGAGUCUUUGAUGUCUUUGCAUGAUGGUGAACAUAAAUAAUAUUGUCAAAUGGUAACCAUUCAUAUGUUAAUGCAGGUUCCCAAUUAGUAGUGAUACGACUCUACUUUCUUAUUCAUGUUGUCGCUUGCAUUGUGUCAUUUGGUGUUUUCUGUUUCAGCUUUGGCUGGCUGUAUCAGAUCAACUCUGGUGUGCUGAUUGAAAGCACCAAAAUUCGGCCAAAUACUCCAAUAAAAUUCUUCCAGCCAUCUUGCAAAACAGGCACAGCUCCUUGCGAUCCUAAGACGGCUGUCUACCAAAGUAAACGCUAUUUUGUGUUGGGAGAGGAGCGACGAUCUACGUACUCUGACAGCAAAUUUCAGUUGGAUGUUCGUUAUGACUUUUUGGGAGCUCCGCUGGAACGCAAGUUCUGUGGUAAUACCAUCAAUGUUAACACUGGGAGUUUCCGCGAGUACAUCGAAUUCCUCUCAAGAAGGUACCGUAUGGCAACCGUAGGACUCGUUCAUCGUAAUGUGGAGAUCGACACCUCAGCUGUACCCCAGUACAAUGAUGUGGACCUUAGCCACUUCUCCGCUAGGGACGAAGCUUCCAAGCGUGAAAGAAAGACAAGCCAUUCGGAUGACACUAGAGCUGGUCAUUGUGAACCGGAGAGCGACCGAAUCAGCAUUGAUGAGUUGACCCGGAUAAAUCCCGUACAUGGGCAAGUGAAGAUCGACACUGGAGCAGGGAAUGAUGUGUUCGUAAUGAGUGGCAUGGUGGGUCGCAACGAGUAUACUAAAAAUGACUUCCUGGUCGUUGAUUUAGGAGCAGAUGGUAACCUGCUGUCAAUUGGAGCUACUCUCAAUAUUGGAGGAAAACGUGGAAGCCUCUCGUCCGGAAUCUUCUUCGAUAACUCUUAUGGCGACGGAGAUCUUUACUUCAUGAAGGGGGACUGGGGAUGGAGAAGAGUAGGAAAUGUGAAAGGAGUAACCAUCUUUAAAGGAUCCAGGUGUGCGACCACAUAACAGUAAUGGAAGAAAUAAUUUUUAUAUUCUCAAAAGCCAGAUGGGUCGGAUAUCCAAAACUGAUCAAUAAAUGUUUUCAUUACUGGUAAUACUAGUUUCUAUUGAUCAAACGACCAGGGGAAUCCAAGUUCUUCACUGACUCUGUUCCUGUAAACAGUUGGCUUUGAAUCGUUAAAAAAAAGAGAGAUUUCUCCUGAAGUGCAUCGCCCUUUUUUCAUUUUGAUUCUUUUAAAUUUCGCUGAAUCUAGUUUUCUCACUUACUCAACUCUAAUUCUUUCUUAACAUCACUCGUAUUUAUAAUGAUGAAUACAUAAUCAAUUGUUUAUGUUUCAUUCAGACUUCAUGAUGAGGUUACCAUGGGAACAAAAGGACCAUUCACUGUCAUACAGAACGAAGGGGCCAAUAUAUACUCUUUCAACAUGUUUGACUUGGAGCAUUUUCGGGAAAAAGGUAAUUACAAGGGCGUAGCUAAGGGUAAGGAGGGGGAGGGUCCUUUGUUUUUUUGUUUUGUUUUUGUUUUUGUGACAUUAAGUAAAACACGGCGUUGAGGUAGACAUGAUGAUCUGGUGAAUACCCUCUGUUUGACACAGUGUGACUUUCCUUUGAAAAAUCCUGGCUACGUCCCCGAAUAAACUAUGGCUUCACCCUUUAGGCUACUAGGUUAACUACCUGCUAUUACUACUACCACUAUCACUAGCAUUACUAUCUCUACUAACACUACCACUAUUAUUACUGCUACCACUAAUACCACUACUAUUACUACUACUUGUAAUAGUGUAGUUUGAUCGUCCGGGUGAGUGUAGACCUGAGAAGGACUGUUGUCGGUAGUGGUGACUGACGUUUUGACAACCUGAGCGGAAGUCAUCAUCAGAGUCAAGUGAAAGGUUGUCGUCAGUCGAAUGUACUUAGUCCGGUUUGUGUACACUGAUUGGUCAGUUUUGCCGUGAUGUUAUUGGCUAAAAGACUCAAGUGGCGUAGGUCAGUCGUGAUUGGUCGGUUUGGAUCCGUUAGUGAAGUUAGGUCGUUCUGUUCGUUUCGUUUGUAAUGUUAAUGUCGUGGAUGAGUCGUUUGUAUGGUGCCGGUAGUGGUUGAUACCUGUUGAGGGGAGUCUGUUCCAAGUUAGUCCAGUCCUUCUCAGGACUACACUCACCCGGACGAUCAAACUACACUAUUACAUGUUACCCCCGGGUUCAAACCACUUACUGUAUUACUAUUACUAUUUACUACCAUUACUGCUGUUACUACUACUACUACUACUACUACUUCUACUGCUAUUACUACUACCAUUACUACAACUACUACUACUACUACUACCACCACCACCACCACCACCACCACCACCACCACCACCACCACCACCACCACCACCACCACCACUACUCAUUCAAGUUCAUGGUGUCAAGCAUUACCUCGUCUCAAUCCUUUUGAGAGAUGCUUGCUUUCUUUUGAGAUUUCGAUUUCGAAUUCGACAUUACCGUUCGUAUAUUUACCGUAUAUCACCGUUCUCCUUCUAAGUAUAUAUUUUCGUCAUUGCAGGACAAACAUUGCACUUUCAGAUCAUGGACAUCUCCAAUAAUGUGCCCGAGAUCCGGCUCUGGCAUCAAGCUUUAGAUCUUGUUACGCACGAGAUCGAAGCCGACGGUCUUAUCAAGUUGAUAUUGAGGAGCACCAAUGAGGUUUUGGCAGAGGUUCACCUCACAGGCUAUAUGACA